AUGUAUGGAAGCUGCCUUUUGGAAAAAGAAGCGGCCAUGUACCCAGGCACUCUCAGGAGCCCUGGAGGAGGCAGCACAACCGGGGUGGGCACCUCUGGUGGAAGUGGUAGUCCGCUGCCUGCCUCCAACUUCACUACGGCCCCAGCUUACCCACACUACAUGGGGUACCCUCAUAUGCCUAACAUGGAUCCCCACGAGCCUUCGCUGGGAGCCUGGAGCUCGCCCUACAGUCCGCCCCGGGAAGACUGGAGUACAUACCCUGGGCCGUCCAGUACAAUGGGCACAGUGCCCAUGAACGACAUGACCUCAAGCUCUACGGCUUUCGGCUCGCCAGACUACAGCAACCUGGGCCCCACCAGCGGCGCAAGCAACAGCGGUAGCCUGCCAGCCCCGGCCAGUGAGUCAUUGGUCUCCAUCGACUCAGGCACCGCUGGUGCCAGUUCUCCCAGCAGGAGCCGCCACAGCCCCUACGCGUGGAUGCGCAAGACUGUGCAGGUGACCGGGAAAACCAGAACAAAAGAAAAGUAUCGUGUGGUUUACACCGAUCAUCAAAGGCUGGAGCUGGAAAAGGAAUUUCACUGCAAUAGAUACAUCACCAUCCGAAGAAAGUCAGAGCUGGCAGUUAACCUGGGCCUUUCUGAGAGACAGGUGAAAAUCUGGUUUCAGAAUCGAAGAGCCAAGGAGAGAAAGAUGAUCAAAAAGAAAAUCUCCCAGUUUGAGAACACUGGAGGUUCCGUGCAAAGUGACUCUGGCUCCAUCAGCCCUGGGGAACUGCCUAACACUUUUUUCACCACUCCAGCUGCUGUCCGUGGAUUUCAGCCAAUUGAGAUACAACAGGUCAUAGUCUCCGAAUGAAACAAGAGCAGAGAAACAGAAGCAUCCUUCCCAUUGCAGGGUCUCUUUGGCCUCUAGGAUUAUCAGCAGGGCAGUUGAGAUUGGAUGUAAUUCCUUAUAAAGCAGAAUUCCAAACA